AUGCGACCGGAGGUGGAGGGUGACGCUGUGGGCACCUACCGUACGACGCUGGGAGACCUCAUGGACUCGCUGCCAGGGUGCAUGGUGGCCGCGAACAUCACAGCAUCAGAGAUCGUGGUGCGUAAACACCAGCCUGUGAAUUCCGCACUUGUGGUGACAUGCGAUGUUGUUUACUGCAAGGGAAGCAGUGGUGGGAGAAGAGGGGCAGCAGAGAGGAGUUUCCGACAACGCGUGCUGUCCGCUACCCUUGCCCCACUACUGCAGGCCCACACAACUGUGGCGAUUCCACGCACAAAAGGUGGGGCACUGGUCUCGAAGGGCGCGUUCAUCAAGGCAAGCCCCAAGAAGAAAUGGUUCACUGACUUUGCAGUGAAGUCGCCCAAGAAGGAGGAGUGGUACGCCAAGGCGCUGUGUAUUUUCAAGGUGGCCACAGCUGACGGCCAACGGAAGGGGUUUGUGUACGUGCGGUGGUAUGAACGGGUGGGGAUCUGCCCUCUCACCACCUGCGUGCAGCUCACACUGUCCCACAAGGACACAAGACAUACAGAGGUGGCAGUGGAGAGCAUUCUGCGAGUUGCACCGCCCGAAAAGGUGUUCACGUUCACAGAGUUUCUUUUAAUCCCCACACGGGUUCUGUUAGCAGCGUCUCAGGACGAGCGCGAGCAGCUGUCGCGGGAGUGGCACAUGCCCGUAUGCUUUUUUUACAACGCGACAGGAUGUAUCCGCAAACUGCCGCUCGUGGUUCUCCGACGGGAUGACAAGAGGCCCAUACACGAGGGGCGCAAGCGGCAACAUGCGGUCCAAGUGCGCUACGCCAAGAAUGGGCGAUUCUCGAGAGAGUUCCGCACUCAUGUCGGCCCGCCCGGGGCACCCGUGUUGUAUGCGCAGUUGUUCACGGAGUUCAUCGAUCAUUUCAACGGGGAACUAUACGCGAAGAACGAGAAGGCGAUGGUGCUGGUCCACAAACCGACGCACAUCCUUACCGGAUGUGUGAAACAGACUAGCGUAGUGGAGGGGUUCCUCGUGGAGGAGUUGACACGCGUGAAAGUUGUGCAGACGUUUGGCGUGUUGCCGGCUGCAGCGUUUUCGGCCCUGAAUGGCGUUGUGGACACAUUGAAAGCGGUGUUCCGGACGCGGUUCAUGCGAGAGGCGGUCGCGAGCCCGGAAUGGAUCCGUGCGGGCAUGUUUCCGCGCCCGCUGCUGCACGAUGUCCUGGGCAAGCUGUUCAUGGUGGGCAAGUUGACGAUGCCGGGGACAAUUCAGAGGAGCUGGUGGCGAGCCGGUUGCGCUCCGAGAGGCUGGCUGUCGCGUAUGGACCGCCUGAAAGGGAAAGCCGCGGCUGGGAUGUUUGACGGCCUGGUGCUUAAUUUGACGAGUUUGCAGCUGGUGAUCGAAGAGUUCAAGAGCAAGUGCAACAUGCGUGUGUUCAUGACGGCGUGGGAUUUUGUGGGGUGCGAUGAAGACCUCAUUGGGAAGUGGGCGCCUGCGGGGGGGGAGGAGGCCGAGUCGGAGGAUGAGAUCUCGGCAUACUUCUGCAUCCCGGAGGGCCCUCUCAUGCGGGACAGCCGCAGCUGUCGCCACGUAAGCGGCAUGGUACAUGGCGGCUUUGUGAAACAUGCGGAGGCCUUGGGUAUUCAGCUGCGUGACGUGCCAAAGGAGGCCGGAUUCGUCAAUGAGGAGGUGGUGAGCCGCCUUCGCCGCACGCCUACUAAGCGCACUCGGGCCGGCAGUACAAGUGAUGAAGGGAUCACGACAGAUGCUUCAAAUUGGGAAGGACACGUUCAGAAGGCGGGGGUGUUGUUCCCCAAGGAGGAUGACAAGGAGAGCGUUGUCCGUUUGGUCUAG